UCGCGGCAGCCUGCCCGGGGUCGGUGGCCUCUAUCACGGACCUUCGUGUCGGAGAAACACGAGCGCGAGGCCUGGAACCGAGGAGGCUCGGACAGCUGCCGCGGGCCCUCGCCGAGGCCGCGCGGCUGCAGGACCCAGCGGUCCGCGAGCGAAGGGCGGGGGUUCGCGGGGUGGAGACGGGGCGGCGGCGGAGCUGGGGUCGGGUGGUGGGUUUGGCGGCUGAGCCCCGUGGUAGGCUAGGAAACGGGGCCGGAGCUGGGAGUCGAGUCGGAGUUCCUACGCCCCGGAGGGCUCGGAGACGCGGAGGGGACCGAGGACGCCCGGGGAAGCCGAGGAGGGUGCGAGGCCCGGCGGUCUCGGGGACGCGAGGAUGCCGGCGAGGACCCUCAGGGACGCCCGUGAUUGGAUAACCCCUCAGGCCCCGCCCCCAGGCCCUCUCCUCAGCCCCGCCCGCCGCGCCAGGCGCGCGCCUGGGGAGCGGGGAAGGGGACCGGGGCCGGGGGAGGAAGGGGGGAGUGGAAGAGGUGAGGCCCGUGCACGCGCCCCACUCACCGCGGGUGCGCGAGCCGCGCGCUCUCGCGGCCGCGUCGCCAUCUUUAUCCCCCUCCGUCCGUCUGUCUGCGGUUGGCUUUGUCUGUCUGCAGCGCCGCCCGCCGGCUCCCCUUCAGGCACUCGGCCCUGAGCGGCCCUCAGCCCGCUGGGUCUGGUACGGGAGAGCCCCCGCCCAGCCGGCCCGAAGCUGCAGCUGGGGGCCCAUUGUCCGGCGGUCCGUCUGUCCGGAGGCGGGGCCCGGAGACCGGAGCGCGGCGGGGCGCCGUGGCGCCGGGUCGCGAUCGCUCGCUCGGCUUCGGACGAGAUUACUGCGCUCCGUGGGAACCGCACCAGAGUUGGAGGUCUGAAAAAGAACUGUGUUUGAUAUGCAGAUAUGAUAGAAGACUGCCUGAAAGCUGCUUCCUUUGCCACUUCCUGUGGAGGCCUGUCUUUGCCAUUUGCGGUUUCUUUCUUCUUUUGGUUAGCACUUUGCAAGGAGGUAGCAUUAUAUCCAGCCGUGAAACUGGGAAAAGCCAGAGCUCUCAGAUCAGGGAAACAUGUCCCGUCGGAAACAGACAAAUCCAAAUAAAGUUCACUGGUCUCGCUUUAUGCCCUAUCCAGCUUGGACCACGAUCUUGAAAUUGAUACCUCCCGUGUAGCUGGGAUGACAGGGGAUCAAGUAUUUGCUGGGCUAGAAGAGCAAGCCCGCCAGGCGAUGAUGAAAACUGAUUUUCCUGGAGACCUUGGCAGUCAGCGACAAGCUAUCCAACAACUAAGAGAUCAGGACUCCAGUAGCAGUGACAGUGAGGGUGAUGAAGAGGAAACCACACAAGAUGAAGACUCUUCCCACACAUCAGAGGAAGAUGGUGGGGUGAUCAAAGUGGAAAAAGACUUAGAAAAUGCAGAACAGCCUGGUGGUGGUGGGAAUGAAGUAGUAGAGCAUGAGAUCACAGAGAGCUUAAGUUCUGACCCAUUGCUUGAACUCUGCCAGUGUCCACUCUGCCAGCUAGACUGUGGGAGUCGGGAGCAACUGAUCGCUCACGUGUACCAGCACACUGCAGCAGUGGUGAGCGCCAAGAGCUACAUGUGUCCUGUCUGUGGACGGGCCCUCAGCUCCCCAGGGUCACUGGGCCGCCACCUCCUGAUCCACUCAGAGGACCAACGAUCUAAUUGUGCAGUGUGUGGAGCCCGUUUCACCAGCCAUGCCACUUUCAACAGUGAGAAACUUCCUGAAGUACUUAAUAUGGAAUCCCUACCCCCAGUCCACAGCGAGGGUCCCUCCAGUGCUGAGGGGAAGGACAUUGCCUUUAGCCCUGCAGUGUACCCUGCUGGAAUUCUGCUUGUGUGCAACAACUGUGCUGCCUACCGUAAGCUACUGGAAGCCCAGACCCCUAGUGUACGCAAGUGGGCCCUACGUCGACAGAAUGAGCCUUUGGAGGUGCGGCUGCAGCGGCUAGAACGAGAGCGCACAGCCAAGAAGAGUCGGCGCGACAAUGAAACCCCUGAAGAGCGAGAGGUGAGGCGCAUGAGGGACCGUGAAGCCAAGCGCCUUCAGCGAAUGCAGGAGACAGAUGAGCAGCGGGCUCGCCGGCUGCAACGAGAUCGGGAAGCCAUGAGGCUGAAGCGGGCCAAUGAAACCCCAGAGAAGCGGCAGGCCCGGCUCAUUCGAGAGCGAGAAGCCAAGCGGCUCAAAAGGAGGCUGGAAAAAAUGGACAUGAUGUUGAGAGCUCAGUUUGGCCAGGACCCUUCAGCCAUGGCAGCCUUAGCUGCUGAAAUGAACUUCUUCCAGCUACCUGUGAAUGGGGUAGAAUUGGACAGCCAGCUUCUGGGCAAGAUGGCCUUUGAAGAGCAGAACAGCAGCUCUCUCCACUAGACCACACCCUCCUGCCUGCCCUCCCAUCUGCCCAAGCCCACAGGGAUUGGUCCUGCAUCCACCCAUGAGGCGAUGCUUGCUGCCAGAGGCAGGCCUGGGUUGGCUGCAGGUAGACUUGUACCCCUUGCAUGUGGGAGCAAGAUGAUGGGGCCAGGAGGAACCCAGCUCAAGGCAGCUCUGGACAAGGGAGCAGGCACUCCAGAGAACUAGACUCCCAGCCAACUGGAGCAGGCCAGGUUGUGGGACUGUAGGGCCCCAGCACAGCCUGUGAAGUUGUGUGGGCAAAUAAAUUAAGUUCAUCUUUACUUGC